AUGUCCCAAGACCCCGUCCUCGCGCGCAUCCUCGCCAACAACGCCCAGUGGGCCGCCGACGUCGAGCGGGCAGAGCCCGGGUUCUUCGCAGAGUGCGCGAAGGGGCAGGCCCCUAAGGUGCUCUGGAUCGGGUGCGCCGACUCCCGCGUACCCGAGUCCGUCCUCACCGUGUCCAAGCCCGGAGACAUCUUCGUCCACCGCAACGUCGCAAACCAAUUCAGCCUGGAGGACGAUAACGCGCUGGCCGUGCUCACCUACGCUGUGCACCACGUCGGAGUCUCGCACGUUGUUCUGGUUGGGCACACGCAGUGCGGAGGCGCCGCGGCCUGUUUUGCCGCUGCGAACGCAUCCCCGCCGGCCGGGCCCCCUUCCACGCCCCUCGAGCGCUGGCUCGCGCCCCUCGUCGCGAUCGCGAAGGAGAAGCGCUGCAGCGCAGUGGACCUUGUUGAGUUGAAUGUGCGCGCGAACGUCGCGAACAUCAUCGCCUCCGACGUCAUGAAGAGCGCGUGGGCGAAGGGCAAGGACGUGCAAGUCCACGGCUGGGUCUACGAGAUCGAGAAGGGCCGUCUGAAGGAUCUCAGGAUCACUGUCGGCAAGGAGGGCAUCUGA